AGGAAUCCUUUUGUUCUCAUUUACACUGUAAACUCCAGGCUUUCCUCUUGUAAUGUAGAAAGUCUCAGGAGCUCUCUUACAAUGGAGGUGAGAUCUUUGCAACGUUCUGAGCUACUCUCCCUUGACCUCCCUGGCCUUUGCUCAGAGAUGCUGGGGGUGGCAGAGGAGGCCUUCAAGGCUGGCAACUUUGAAUUGGCCGCAGAGAUCUAUGGUUCUCAACUGGAUGAGCUGCCGAAGCCUGAGAGGUGCUUGUAUCUGAAGAAAGGGGAUGCCUUGGCGUUGGCUGGGCGAGUGGCCGAUGCACUGGACUCUUACACCAAGGCAGCAAUGUUGGGUCAGCUUUGUCCCGUUGAGCUUGGAGUGCUAGUGGACAGUAUUGCUAAAAAUAUCAGAGAAAAAGAACUGAAAUUGCCCUUUGCCAAGACGAAGAGCAACCUCCCGCAUAGUAGUGGACAAUGUCAAGGUGCACAAACCCCCUGCAGUUUAAGCAUACCGUGGAAUCCUAAACGGUCCCAAGAAGUUGACCUCUUCUCCUGCCCAAAAUGCCAACUCCUAUUGCUGGACCCCAUCUCUUUGAUCUGUGGACACACUUUCUGUAAAAAAUGCUUGUGUGAAAAGAGGCUACCACAAUGUAGCUGCUGCAAAAACAGAGCUCAAAGCAAAACAGAGGGGCAUGAAGCACCUUACAUGGAUCUGAAGAUAAAUGUGGUGCUUGGGAAUCUCUUAGAGAAGUGGUUGUGUGAAGAGACCAAGGUACGGAGAUUGUCUGUAGAAGGGAAUUUCUUACAGCAGAGCAGCAAUUUCUUAGGUGCAUUAGAAAAAUUCAACACGGCAUUGGAGCUGGCCCCCGAAGAUUCCUUGCUUAUAGUACAGAGAGCAGAGCUCUACACAACCAUGAAGAAUUUCAAGCAAGCUUUUAAUGAUGUGGAUGGUGUCUGCAGAAAACAACCUCUCUGGCCUAAGGGACAUUAUGUGAAAGCGCAAGCUCUGUCUGGACUGGGAAGGAUGGAGGAGUCUUUGAAGGAGUUUCUGUAUUGUGUUGCCUUAAAUCCUGAAUGGAGCUCAGUGAAAACAGAAGCACAAAAGUUAAUGUGCGAGAUGCUGUUUCCAGCCUUUGAGAAUGUACAAGCCAGUUUAUCAGCUCGUGCCCCCACACCUUACACUAGACUGAAGCCGGUCGUCUUAAACACCUCCAACCAUUCUUCUGUGGAGGAUGUGCCUCUGCCAGAAGGAUCUAAGGACUCCGUGUUCAGACUAACCAAAGCUUCAUUUCCAAAAUCUAAUGAUUUUACUGAGUGUCCUGAAAUAUGUGACCUGCCUAAUGAAAAGGUGACAAAGACUCUGGGAAGUGCCCUCUCCUGCCUUCCAGAAGCAGGUCUGAAGAGGAAACGUUCCGAUACCUUAGAGGACCUUCACAGAAAUGAGCUCCCUGCCAAAGUCUUCAAUAAUGAUGUUGAUUCCCAGUGGGAAGAGUCGGCCUCAAAGUCACAAGCGAGAGCCAUCUCCACGGACCUGGUAGAUUCUUCUGAUUUUGAGUGCUCCCUCUGUAUGAGGCUAUUUUAUGAGCCUGUAGCCACCCCAUGUGGACACACAUUCUGCCUCAAAUGCCUUGAGCGUUGCCUGGACCACAACCAGCAUUGUCCCCUUUGCAAAGAGAACCUGUCUCAGUACCUUGCAAGUAGAGCAUAUAAGAAGACACUUCUGACAGAAGAACUGAUUAAUCGGUUCCUACCAGAAGAAGUAGCCGAGAGAAAGAAACUAUAUGAUGAGGAAAUGAAAGAAUUAUCAAACCUGAAUAAAGAUGUCCCUAUAUUUGUCUGCACCAUGGCCUUUCCAACAAUUCCUUGCCCACUGCAUGUGUUUGAGCCACGUUAUCGCCUGAUGAUCAGAAGGAGCAUGGAGACUGGAACAAAACAGUUUGGAAUGUGUAUAGCUGAUGAAUUAAAAGGGUUUGCAGACUAUGGCUGCAUGUUACAAGUGAGGGAUGUGAAGUUUUUUCCAGAUGGUCGUUCAGUGGUUGACACCAUUGGCUUGAGUAGAUUUAAAGUCUUGAGUCAUGGACAAAGGGAUGGCUACAACACUGCAAAUAUUGAAUAUUUGGAAGACAAGAAGGUAGAAGGACAAGAAUAUGAGGAGCUUCUUCAGUUACACAAUGCUGUUUAUGAUCAAGCUUUUGCCUGGUUUACCUCUCUGAAGGACAAUCUCAAAGCACAAAUCCUUAACCAUUUUGGACCUAUGCCAAGCAAAGAAUCUGAUCCACUGGCCAGUACAAAUGGGCCAACCUGGUGUUGGUGGAUGCUGGCAGUGCUGCCUCUAGAAAACAAGGCACAGCUAACAAUCCUGGCCAUGACAUCCUUAAAGGAUCGCCUACAUGCAAUCAGACGCGUUUUAUUAUUUGUUACCCGCAAAAGACCCAGAUGAUAGAGGAUUCCAUAUGGUGCUGUAACUUAUAUAUGUUUUUCCUUUAAAAAUACUUUCUCUGCACUGAGAGACACUUUUAUGACAUUCUGGGAAUUUUCCUUUGUUCUUUUUGUGAAAAUACCAUGCAGUGUCAACGAAUGAACAACACUUCUACCUG